AUGUUCAAGGACGCCAAAGGCACAUCCCUCCCACAGACAAAGAGUGCUGGGCCGCAAUCAUCAAUAAAAUCAUUCUUUAAACCGCGAACCCCGAAUUACACACCACCACCGCCGCCGCCUCUUCCCACGGCCAGCCCAAUCAAUGCCGUAUAUGUUUCUCGGGAGCCAGCGUCAGUUCCAUCUCCGGCUCUAACAGCAGCAACACCGAAUAUUGCCCCAAUUUCCCCUCCAACACUGCCGCCACAAGUGACAAUCUCCCUUAUCCAAGAGCAACAUAUCCAGCCCCUUCGCCGAAUCAACUCUCUCCUCCUCCCGAUCCACUAUCCUGACAGCUUCUAUCAUAAGAUCUUGUCUCCUUCGCCCAAUCCCAACUUCUCUCGCGUGAUUCAAUGGAGCGAUCCCCAAGCCUCGUCCGAAGCAAAAGUCAUAGGAGGGAUCGUCUGCCGUCUAGACCCUACGUUCGCUCCUGAUUCGACUCCUUCGACACCAAGCUUCGUGCCCGGCUGCUAUGAUAUUUACAUUCAGUCUCUUGCCCUCCUCUCUCCGUACCGGAGUAAAGGGCUCGCGGUCGCUGUGCUGAAUGAUGUCAUUUCAUCUGUCACUACUGCCACAUUGUCUGCGGAUGGGAUCAAGAUUGCGGAGAUAUAUGCACAUGUAUGGACUGAAAAUACUGAGGCUUUGGAAUGGUAUGGUAAAAGGGGGUUCAAGCGGGACGUCCAGCCGGUGAUAGGCUACUACAGGAGGUUAAACCCCGACUCAGCGUGGAUUCUCCGUCGAAGGAUCUUGCCUAGCGACCACCUACAAUCGCAAUCUACAAGUGGCCAAACGCCCCAGAACGGAACCACUGUAUCCACGACAGGCUUUCCCGCCCCACUGGGGAUAUCACCGGCAUCAACCCCGUCAACAUUUGAAACGGAGGAGCAGUCGGCCGCCAGGCAUGGUAUAUCUACCCACGCACGCUCAUUCCAAGAGCGAGGCCCAGACAGAGAAUGGAAUGACCUUCCCAACGAAAUAUUGGGAAAUCCCCUACUAAAACCACAUAGCCACCUCGGAUCCACGGACAACAGUUCGCCAAGCUCUAGAAGUAGCUCGCAGAGUAGAACAACAGGAAAAAAGAAGAGGGUUUACCCCGCUGCUGCUUUUGGCGCUUAG